AUGACCAAAUUCAACUUCGAACACGCUGACCCAGUCACUAUCACUUUACCAAAUGGUUUAACAUAUGAUCAACCAACUGGUCUAUUCAUUAACAAUGAGUUCAUUAAAUCUCAAGAUUACAAAACUACCAAGAUUGAAAACCCAUCUACUCAAGAAAUAAUCUGUGAAGUUGCAUCAGGUACUCCAGAAGACGUUGAAUACGCUGUUCAAUGUGCUGAAAAUGCCUUCUUCAACACUGAAUGGGCCACACAAGAUCCAAAAGUUAGAGCUCGCUACUUAAACAAACUAGCAGACGUAAUUGAAUCUGAACAAGAAUUAAUGGCCUCCAUUGAAACCGCCGAUAAUGGUAAAACUUUAGAAUUAUCUCGUGGUGAUGUAUCCAUCGUCAUCAACUGUAUCAGAGACGCCGCUUCAUAUGCUGAUAAGAUCAAUGGUAGAACUAUCGAUACUGGUGAUGGUUAUAUGAACUUUACAAUGAAAGAACCAAUCGGUGUUUGUGGUCAAAUUAUCCCAUGGAAUUUCCCAUUGAUGAUGUUAGCUUGGAAAAUUGCUCCUGCUUUAGCAAUGGGUAACGUUGUCAUCUUGAAACCUGCUGCAGUCACCCCAUUAAAUGCUCUUUAUUUCGCUUCCUUAUGUAAGAGAGUUGGUAUCCCAGCAGGUGUCGUCAAUAUUAUCCCUGGCCCUGGUAGAUCCUUAGGUGCUGCCAUAACUACUCAUCCAAAGAUUAGAAAGGCUGCCUUCACUGGUUCCACGGAAGUCGGUAAGGAUAUCGCUAUGAGAGCUUCUGAAUCUAAUUUGAAGAAGAUCACUUUGGAAUUGGGUGGUAAAUCAGCUCAUAUGGUUUUCGAUGAUGCUAUCAUUGAAAAGACUUUACCAAAUUUAGUUAAUGGUAUCUUUAAAAACGCUGGUCAAAUUUGUUCUUCUGGUUCAAGAAUUUACGUUCAAGAAGGUAUCUAUGAUGAAUUAUUGGCUGCUUUCAAAGAAUACAUCGAUAACACUAUUAAGGUCGGUGAUCCAUUCAACCCAGAUAACUUCCAAGGUGCUAUUACUAACAAAGAACAAUAUAACACUAUUUUGAAAUAUAUUGAUAUCGGUAAAGAUGAAGGUGCUAAAAUCUUGACUGGUGGUGAAACUGUUGGUGAUAAAGGUUAUUUCAUAAGACCAACUGUUUUCUACGAUGUAAAUGAAGAUAUGAGAAUCGUCAAGGAAGAAGUAUUUGGUCCAGUGGUCACUAUCUCCAAGUUUAAGACUAUUGAAGAAGGUGUUGCUAUGGCCAACGAUUCCGAAUUCGGUUUAGGUGCUGGUAUUGAAACUGAAAAUAUCUCAACUGCCUUAAGAGUUGCCAAAAUGUUGAAGGCUGGUACCGUUUGGAUUAAUACUUACAACGAUUUCGAUUCAAGAGUCCCAUUUGGUGGUGUUAAACAAUCUGGUUACGGUAGAGAAAUGGGUGAAGAAGUUUAUGAAUGUUACACCGAAGUCAAGGCUGUUAGAAUCAAGCUUUGA